ACGCACAGUUGUGUGAGGCAGGUAACGGUAUCUAGCCGCCAACCUACAAGCUACGGCCGAACAAACAUCAUAUAAUUCAACUUAUACAGUGUCACACCUGGCACAUUCCAGUCUACCAUUCAGUACAGUUCUCAUCCUGCUGCCGUGCACACAAGAACCUCUGCAGCUUUCUUAACUAUUGUGCAGGACUACUUUGUGCCCGAACUACUUGUAAAUACGUUAUGCGACCUUGACUAGUCACAGUGUGUAACGUCCUUGGUGUAACAAAGGACCUGCUCUUAAAGACUUACCUUCGACUCCACAGGCUAGUUUGGACCGACCAGCCAUGUGCUGCUGCAAGGGAGGUUGUUGUGACGGACGCUGUAAGUACAAUGGACCUUUAAUCCGCAAGCUGGGCUGGGCCUCGAUUGUUCUAGCCGUCAUCGGCGCAGUCGUGGCUGCAGUGGCAGACGGGGUGUACGCAGGAUAUCCCUUCGCUACUUUUCUUCACAUCAGCGCUCCGAUUUGGGGAGGAGCCUUCAUCAUAAUUACUGGAGGUUUGGCUGUCUGUGGAGGGAAUAACCCUGGCAGCAGUAGUCUGAGGACUGCACUUUUGGUGAUGAGCAUCUUUGGCACCUUAUCUGCCAUAGCGAUUUGGAUCAUCGCAAUGGCAGGACAAGCCGUUGAUGGGAUUUCAUGUGGCCAGUUCGUGCAGGGACCACAUACAUGCCGCGGUCAAACACUCAAAACAUGUGUGGGCGGUGUGUGGGAAGAUAACUGGUACGAGCUCUUUCCCGACUGGCGCAGUGUGAACUGUGCAGCGGUCAGGGCCCUCCAUUGGCUGCAGCUGAUCCUCGGCCUGGUGGAGACACUUCUGAUGCUCAUCAUAAACGCCAGAAGCUGCUGCGGAACCUGGACGAACUGCACCUGCUGUCAGGGUACACAGCAACAGCCCCCGACUCAAGCCAUGACCUACCAGCCUGGUCAACCCGCACUCCAACAGAUCUAGGUGCACUCAAGGGACUAUCCAGAACCGCACGCAGCGGAUCCUAACCCUAGCACACUCAGUCAGGCCAGAUUAAGACCUAAAAGCUGGGCUAUAUGCACGAUUCCCAUAUAAUACAGCCGACUGGCACCAUGUAUGUGCUUCAAGUUGAUUGGAUUCGCAAAUGAAUUUGAAGUCGACGUUUCGAUCAUCGAGUUCUUGUUUGUUAAUUUGAGUUUUUCAUAUGGUACAAUGAGGGGAAGGCAAAACAGACGCCUUUGUAUAUACAAGUUUUUAGCCCGCGCUUAAACGUUUUAUGACUAGUCAACAUGUAUAUGUUUACUGUUUAUAAACUUCCAUAGCUCCCUGUGGACUGUAAGAGUGUAACGUUACCCAAAUUCGUUGAUAUUGAUUACGUGUAUAUAUAUAUUUCUGUGGUAAAAAGUUGUAUGACUUGUCUACCUAUGAAGUGACGAUGAUGCAGUGUCAUUAUAAGUUUGAAGUUUAAAAUGAUCGGUGUCUAUAGUAAAAAAAGUCACACUUAUAUAAAUGACAUUGAAGGUAAACUAUUGUUUUUGCUCUGUUUUACCUCUUCUUCUACUUCUGUUACGUGGUAACAUGCUCUAUAGCAGACACGCUGUGGUGUUGGAUUACAUAAUGUAGGAGCUGCUCACCAUAGUACAUGCAUAUAGCGUUUGAGAAGGAAUAGACAGAGUAGUACUAGUAGUUUGAUAGGCUAGCGCUAGACCAUGUGGUUAGGUAAACAUUGUGCAUUUCAUUUGUCAAUGUUACCUUUCUAGCUGACAUUUACUGAUAUACGUGUUUUUGGAAUGAUUAAAAGCAUAAGAGUGAAUACGCUUUG